CCCUGUUGAAACUCCGCUUGAUUUGGUCUAUUUUUUUUUGCGACAUGGCGACGGGUCCGGCUACUCAGUCACUGAAGUGUGUGGUGACUGGUGAUGGUGCAGUUGGCAAAACAUGUCUUCUGAUCUCGUACACAACAAAUGCUUUCCCCGGUGAAUACAUCCCUACUGUCUUUGACAACUACACGGCCAGUGUUAUGGUUGACGGCCGGCCGAUCAGCCUGGGACUGUGGGAUACCGCUGGACAAGAGGAUUACGAUCGUCUGAGACCGUUAUCCUACCCGCAAACAGACGUGUUUUUGAUCUGUUUCUCCAUCGUCAGCCCACCAUCAUUCGAUAACGUCAAAGCGAAGUGGUUCCCCGAGAUCGAACAUCACGCCCCCAAUGUCCCCAUCAUCCUCGUCGGUACCAAGCUCGAUCUGAGAGACGACCGGGCGACUACGGAAGCCCUCCGCGCACGCAAGAUGGAGACCGUCUCCUACGAACAAGCACUGGCUGUCGCCAAGGAAAUUCGCGCACAUAAGUACCUUGAAUGUUCGGCGCUGACGCAGCGCAACCUGAAGAGCGUGUUUGAUGAAGCCAUCCGAGCCGUUCUCAAUCCCCGUCCCGCUACGAAAUCCGGGAGGAAGGCAGUCAAAUGCAAUAUCUUGUAGAGCAGGUUUGUUCGGCUUGACUCGUCUCCCCAUGUUCUCGUAUGCUAUAAUGAAUAAUAUAUAGUUAAUACGGCGUCUGGGUAGUUAGAGGCUUUUUUUUUUUAAUUUCGCCGGCCUCUCAGUGCUGUGUUUGUGAUGAAAUCCAUUGACCGUUUUUCUUGGGAAUAUUUUUCUGUUGCC